AUUUUAUCGAAAAUGAUUAUGCCUUCCUAAUUUGCUGUUUCUGAUCGUUAGAUUUUUGAGUUCAAGAAACCUCUAAAUAACUCAGAUUCAGAAGAAGAAUAGUAAUAGUAAUAAUUACUUUUACAAAAUGGUAACAAAGAAACAAAAAGAUAGAAGAAGUUUUUGGAUAUAGAAGCCAUUAAAUAAGAGUUGAAUAAUAGACCAUAAAUUGAUUAUGAAAAUACGCCUAAGAUUGGUAGAAAGCCAUCUCGAUUGAUGGCUAAAAGUCUUCCUAAUUUUAUAUUUCCCACUUCUCCAGUAUUGAUAGAAUAAUUGCAAAUGGUUAGAGCCAUUAGAUUAAUGAAAGAGCAAGUUCCUCCUGAAAUUAUGAAUAAGGUUUUCUCUGAAUUAAGGUAAAUUUUAGGAUAGAUUAUAGAUAUUUAUAUAUUCCAGCCAACACUGCAGUUUAUAGGUAGGGAGACCAAAAUAAAAAAUAUUACAUCAUUUUGGAUGGAAAAUGUGUAGUAAUGAAGCCAAGAGAGAAAAUGAUUGGUUCUAAAAAGUUUGAGCUAGAAUUAGAGGGAAAGGCUUAAAUAUAAUUAAUGAGAAGAAAUGAUCCUGAUCCUUAUGGAUUAAAAAGCGCCUUUCCUGAUUACAUAAUCCUUAAAGUUUUAAUAAAUGGAGAGUAAUACGCAUAUUAAUUUUAGCGCUUUUGGAGAAGCAGCAAUUAAACUCGAUAUAGCAAGAUCUUCUACCGUGUUUGCUAUAGAAAACUCGCAUUUAUUAUUUUUGAGUGAAUAAGCAUAUAUUUCUCUUCUUGCUCCAUUUUUAAGUAAGUCUUUAGAUGAUAAAAUAUUAUAUUUCACACAAACACCAAUUUUCAAAGAAAUUGAUUUUGAAUUAAAUGAAAUCAUGGGGAUACUUUUAGAAUGUCAUUAAAUUACCUAUAAAGCAUCAGAAAUUCUAUAUGAAGAGAAUGAACGAUCUAAUCAUAUCUAUUUCAUAAUUAAUGGUCAAGUUGAAUUGUCAAAAUAAUUAAAUUCUAAAAAUUUAGUGCUUUCUUCUUAUGGUGAAAAUUAGCAUUUUGGUGAUGUAGAAGUUUUUCAUAAAAUACCAAGAUUUACAAGAGCAAGAGUAAUAUCUCCAAGAUUAAUCGUUUAUAAAAUAAGAUAAUCUAAAUUCUUCGAUAACUUAGGAAAUAUUUAAAUUUAUGAAAAUUUUAAAAGUACAACUAAACUUAUACUUAAACAUUGGACUCUCAUAUAUAAUACUGCUAAAUCUUCAAUUGUUUAAAAAGAUGAAAUUUAUCAAGCUGCCCAAGAUUAAUUAACAAAUAGAAGAAAUGAUGCAUCGAAAAAAAUUGUUAAUAAAAAGAUUAUUGAAGUAUAGGGUGAUAAACUCAGUUAAGUCAAAGUUUUUCAAAACCUUGCUGAUAGCAAUAUUAGAGAUGUUAACUCUAUUGGAAAUUCUCCUAAUAAAACUAUUAUACAAAGAGUCUACAGUAACGCUCUUCAAUAGUACUAAGCAAGAUUACUCAAAAAACCUCAGUAAACUCAAUGCAAUGAUGAUCAUUGUAUUAGAAGUUAAAAAGAAAAGUAUAUAAUUUAAAAUAUAAUUUAAGAACAUUCUCUACUGAAAGAGCUAGUCCUAAUAGAAAAAAUAGUUAGUUGAAUCUAAAACUGCCUACUAUGAUGUCAAACUCAAAUUCAAAUUCUAAAGUAGAUUUAAAUUAAGUCUUUGACUCGAUUAGUAAAUUGCCUAGAAUUCCAAGAGAUAAUCUAGUAUUAUCUUUAAUGUACUAAUAAGCAUACAAAUCAGAGAAUCCAGAGAAAAAGGCAAAAUAAAUUUAAUAAGUAAUUUAAGCUUCAUUUCGAAACGUUAGAAGAGAUUUUGAAUCGAAAGAGAAAGCUGUUUCAAGUUGGAAGUAUAAAUCUGCUGAUUCAAUUCUUAAGAAUUUAAAAUUAAGUGAUGCUAGUGAAGAAAAGAGAUUGAAAGAUGACUAUAUGAAUUUUGUCUAAUCUAAAAGAUUAUCUUGA